GGAGAAUUCAUUUAAACUGCUAAGCAACAGACACAUCAAGUUGUCUAGUCAUUCUGUAAAGGCAAGUCCUAAUGGAAAAUGAAAUUACCUACGCAGAUAUUCGUUUGCCUCCCAGCUCCAAACAGUUGGCGUCAAGUGGAGAGAAGAAAGACGUAAUCUCUAAAGACAAUGUAACACACCAGAAUACCAGUAACGCUAAGAGAUGGGCCUUGGUUCAGCUACUUCUUAUGUUCCUGUUUUUUAUCUUAUCUUUGAUCAUGACUAUAAUGUAUAUUUUUGCUUCAUCUGACCUUCAAAAAUGUUUAACUAAUAAUGACUUUAUGAUUAAGAUGAAUCUCAGCUGCAAUAACAUAUCAUGUGAGAAGUCAGUGAUAUCAAACAAAGUAGAAUUUCAUGUAUGUCCUAAAGAAUGGAUGGUGAAAGCUUCAAGAUGCUACUUUAUUUCUAAUAGUAGCCUGAGUUGGAAUGAAAGCCAGAAAUCUUGUAUGGAUAUGGAUUCUGAUCUCCUAAUAAUUAACAGUCAUUAUGAGCAGAAAUUCAUCACCAAUAAUUCUGCCCACAAUAAAUAUUUCUGGAUGGGGCUUAUUGUCACCGGUACGGAUACAAAGUUCAGAUGGGUGGAUGAAAGCAAAUUGAAUGACAAUAUAAAGUUCUGGAGAGAAAGCCAACCAGAUAAUAAAAGUAGUCAAGGAUCAGAACAUUGUGCAACAGUUGGGGGUAAUGAUGAGAAAAACUGGAAUGAUGCUUUCUGUGGGACCAAUAAUAGAUACGUGUGUGAAAAGGAGGCACAGAUCUUUUUAGAACCAGGGUUGUAAGAUGGACAAUUCCAGACUUUGUACAUAUUAAUGAGGUAGUAUUAACAGGAUCCACUGGGUCAAAAGGUAUGAAUGUUAGAUAGAUAGAUAGAUAGAUAGAUAGAUAGAUAGAUAGAUAGAUAGAUAGAUAGCACUCAGAGGAUUUGUGGCCAAACAUAAUAAAAAAUGUAUUGACA